CCACCCGUCUUCCACUUUCUUCGAAAUGCCCUCUUGCAAGUAUACCACACACGUGCUGUCGCCUCCCCAAGUCUUGUCAUCAUACCAUGGACGACGACGAUAUUCUGCGGCAGCCAACACGCAGUGCCUCAUGGCAACUCGAUGCCAUGCUCGGCCGUCUUGACGAGUCCGACCCAAGUGAUGACGAUUUGGACGAAACAAUCUUCUCAAUCAUCCCACAUCGCCAAAGAAGCGCAUCCCUUGGAUCAACUCCAUCUCAAGCACCCAGUCUCGGUGCAGGCACUACUCCGCCUUUGCCUCAGAAGAGUCUAUUGAGGUUGCGACCAGAACCACUACAUCCUAGGCCAAGGAAGCCAGCCCGGAAUUUCUCACAUCCUUUCAGGUCCCAGCUCCUUCCUCCACCCAUUCCAAGCUCGAUUUCAGAGCACAUUUUGAGCUUGGAACCGCAAAGGCUCGCCCCGAGACGCAGAGCUCCACGUGUGCCCUUCAAUCUAAAGCGAUGCAGUUCGCUGGAGACAAUACACUCGGUAACAACCACCCAUUCCACGCAGGAUGAGACUCCUCAAGACGAAGUUGCUCCAGCCAAGCAUCAAUAUCCUAAUCUUGAACACCUUGAAUUGGAUCAUGCUGGAACAGAGGUUGCGAUACAAAACGUAGAGAAAGCGAAGCUCUCCGCACGCGAACAGAUUCACAGUAGUAGUCGCUCGCACUGUGGGAGCGGGCAACGGUAUAUAUUGUACGAAACUCAACAAAGAGCGACAAUGCCUCACAAACCAAGGCUCACACCACAAGUAUAUCAGCCGACCGGGGCUAUACCAUCUACUGGAAGAUUUUCGACCUACGAAGAUCAUACCAAGAAUGAGGAACGGCCCCGACGCCGUAGCAUAAUGGGCGGAAUGGACCCACCACAGUUCAUCAGGCGGCCCUCUGAAGUUUCCGUCGCGCACUCAACCAUCUCCCACUCGUCUACCAAUAGCUCGGCGAAAUCAACUGCCACGCCUACCGCUUCAAUCAACUCAUCUAAACGUUCUUCUACGAGCGCAACCUCCAAGGUGUUUCGUAAGCUGAAGAGUCGACCGAAGGAGCAACCUUCGGAGCCUUUAUCGCUCGAAAUAGAAAGACGUGUGUCAAUUGAUCAGCACUCCCUACGCACAAGUUCCUCGGGUUCCGCCCCAAAUACAUCUUUCGACUGGCCAUCUGAUGUUUACCCUUCCACGCCGACUACCAUGAAUUCGUCUCAAAUGUCACAAUCGAGCAAAGACUGGAAAGCAAGCAAUUACGACAUAAGCCACUUAAGUGAAGCAGAACUCAAAAAAUGUAAAAAGAAAGGCAUCAACCCCGCAUUGUACGCCGAAAUGAAAGCAGCUCGCAAUGGCAAGUUGAUAAGCCCAAUCAGCGGAAACACGAUUCUAUAGCACGUUUACCAAUAUCAUGAUACCCUUCCAUUCAAAUUCUACCUGGUGCAUCUAUUCACAUGCAAUGUAACACUUCCUUCUGACGAUGCAGUGUUGGUUCCGGUUGUCAGAAAAAAUCCCACUAGGGUUUAAUGUUCCUGAAUUAGUAGUGACGGUUUGCGUUGGUAUUCUAUCACAUGCCACAUCUGCUACGUAUGUAUUCUUAUGCACAGUAUUUUGCAUACACGCAGCAGUAGCUUCCCAGCCUUGCACAUUUGCAAGAUCGAAAUACUCGAAUAAGAUAUUUUAUAGAUACGAUGACCCAGUUGUGUAUUGUCAUCAGCUCGGAUACAAAAUAAUGCUCUAGGUGUUCAACGGUCAACGAACGACACACGUUCCACAGCCUAUGCGGCGGCACUAGACAACAUCACGCCGGCAUCUAACUAACAACCGGCUAGAAAAAAGCCACGAGGCUUACUGCUCCCGCUAGAAAACUAGUGAAACACGUAUUUGAGUUUUUCUUGCCACCUAAAAAAGAGUUGGUGGAGGGUUGUGUUCUUGUUGCAUAUUCAUCGUUUCAGUCAUGAUGCCAUUGGAGCAAUCAAUUGAUCUCACUCAUCGUACUGCACCCCCAAUCUUCACCCACACACGAUAUGCGCGAUGCAUGCUCGCUAAUCGUAAACCCAAAUUCCCGAUAUCAGAUGCAUCUGUAUGUAGCGUGGCAAGAUCGGAAUCUGUCACCUGUCAUCUGUCACCUUCCUACUUGUACACAGCACAGAAAUGAUGCGCAAAGACAACACGCUACACGCCGCGGAACCCAUCUCUUCACUCGUUUACAAUAUAAUGCGACCCCCCUCAGAUUAGGAGAUCUUUUUUGCACAUUUAUAAGAAUUGCCUUCAAAUUCAAGGUACAGGAUGAUGACGGCAUAUCGGGUCGCGAUUGCUGCGGGAGCGCUAUAUCUUUACCAGAAAAGCAGGGUGAGAACGAAACACUUGAUCAAUCAAAAAAGAGUUUUUGGUACGCUAUUGCAACCACUCCCGAAACCUCGCUGUUUGGCGUACCGCCGUAUCUCGUAUAUCCGCUGGCUAGGUCAUUGGAGCACCAUCAUCUCCAGCGGUUCACGGGAUGAGGAAACAAGAAACGGACGCUACAACGGGUUCGAGAGAGGCGGAUGCUGUCAGGAGGAGACAUGGAUGCAUCUAAUAUCAUUGACGUCGCCAUCUUCCGAUCCUCGGGGGAGAACAAAAACUUCCGACAGGUUGGAAUGCAAUCCCGCUAGCAUUUAUUUUGAAAAGUUAUGCAGGUAGAUCUGCAUGUGGACGGCCCGGCUCAACGUUGCUAGAGAUUGUAUGGUGGAUGACCUAAGAUCACUGGUGUGGUCCAAUUUCCAAGAAAAACAAGGGCACAGCACUUCCAAAUCGGGAUAUCCAAACCGUCUCCUCUGUCUCGUCUCCCAUGCGUUAGGCAUGAGUGCAUCAUACGCUGGGUCGUUGUGUCCUCCUUUAUGCCUAUUUGCACUAGAAUAAUCAGCAUUUAUCGAAGCGCGGAGAUGCUGUGCGCGUGAUCAUGCGGGACCCUUCGCUCGCGAGCUAGGUAGCUGCUAGUUCAAUGUUUUCUCCAAACGGAUGAAGUGGAAAUGAUGCCGAUCUCCUCGCUCCUGCUGCUUUUAUGAUAUUAGUUUGUUGACAGUGAGGCAGUGCCCGAAGCGAGGCUGGCGCUCGUCAUUUCAAAACCUUGCUUUGAUGUUUUUGGCUGGUGGGUGUUGGAGUGUGUUGUUAUUGGUCGGAUGUCUAGAUCUCUACUAUUGUUUUUCACUUCGUAGAUUUGACGGUUGGAGUAGUCUGGCAACGAUGGUUCU